AUGACGUGCAGCACGCUGGACCGGAUGGCGUCCUCGCCCUCGCCCUCACUCUCGCCGUCCGGUACGGCAGGGGCGGAGGCUGAUGCUGAACCGCCGAAGCCGACGCCGAAUAUCCGGCUGUGGUUCAAGUGCGAGAACCUGCAGCGCGUCGGGGCCUUCAAGGUCCGGGGCGCGUUCCACGCCGUCGAGCGGCUGCGGAGGGAGCCCGGGCUCGUGGAGAGCGGAGGGUGGGAGAGGGGGGUUGUUACGCAUAGCAGUGGCAACCACGCGCAGGCGCUCGCCCUGGCCGCCCGCGAGGCCGGCAUCCCCGCGCACAUCGUCAUGCCCGACAUCUCGCCGCCCGUCAAGAUCGCCGCGACGCGGGGCUACGGCGCCAACGUCGUCUUCUCGGGCCCGACGGCGGCCGAGCGCGAGGCCGUCGCCGCCCGCGUCGUCGCCGAGACGGGCGCCCGGCUCGUCCCGCCCUACGACCACCCGGACAUCAUCCUCGGCCAGGGCACCCUCGGCCUCGAGCUGCAGGAGCAGGUCGCCGAGGCCAUGGAGGCCGCCGCCGGUGGUGGCGGCCACCACGACCCGACCACCACCAAGAAGAAGCGCGGGCUCGACGCGAUCAUCGCCCCCUGCGGCGGAGGCGGGAUGCUCUCGGGCGUGGCGCUGAGCUGCGAGGGCACGGGCAUCCGCGUCUUCGGCGCGGAGCCCUCCUUCCAGGGCGCCGACGACGCGCGCCGCGGCGUCGCGGCGGGCCGCCGCGUCGAGGCCGUCCGCACGCUGACCGUCGCCGACGGCCUGCGCACGCCGCUCGGCGCGCACCCCUGGUCCGUGCUGUACGAGCGCCGGCUCGCGGCGGGCUUCUACGCCGUCGGCGAGGAGCAGAUCCUGCGGGCCGCGCGGCUGCUCUACGAGCGCGCCAAGCUCGUCGUCGAGCCGAGCGCCGCGGUGCCGCUCGCCGUGGCGCUGUACGACGACGAGUUCCGCGCCGUGGCGGCGCGGGAGGCUGGGCCCGAGGGGUGGGACGUCGGGAUCGUGCUGUCGGGCGGGAACGUGGAGAUUGAUAAGCUGGGGGAUCUGUUUGCGAGGGUCGCUACUGGCAGGGAGGGAGGGGAGGGAGGGGAGGAGGGGGGUGCUUGA